AAAAAACAUGGCGGCCGCAUACCCAAACACGAACAUCCCCGAUUAUGAAUAUGCUGAAGUUAACACUAAACCGUUUCAUAUCGGCUCUUUCAGACAGGAGUGGAUGAACAGACUGGAGCCGACAGAGUACUCCUACCAGCAGCAGGACGAGGACACGUUUCACGCCAACUUUGCCGAAGAAACCGGAGUCGGAGCGGAGACAUUGGCCGAGCUCAAGUCCAUCUGCAGUAUUGAUUCUCUUCGUUGCCAUCCUGAAGAUGAGCAGCCUGACAUGGAAGUUGUUCCUCCAAACCCGACACUGAAAACAUUGAUACAAAGGAAAAAGAGACAAGAUUAUAGAGCUUCUCUGAAAGUCACCAAGAACAGACAUGACAUCUACGCAGAUGAACUGGAGCGUUUAACUGCCGGGAAGAGACCAGAAGAUGUGACUGACUUGAUCCCAGAAGGAGAAGUCAUUCUAACCAUCAACGUCUACUACCCAGCCGUUUUUGAGAAAUUCACCUACAACAGAUCCCACAUGACUCUGCUGAUGACAGGCUCACACAGCUUGGCAGAGCUCAGGGACGCCAUUUGCUGCGUCAGCGACCUGCAAGUGUGUGGAGAGUUCAGCAACACGCCAGACGUGGCUCCGGACUUCAUCAGCAAAGAUCAUUACAAAUCUGCGUUCUUCUUCUUCGAAGGAGUUUUCUACAAUGACAUGCGGUUUCCUGAGUGCCAGGACAUCAGCAAAACCACUAUGGAAUGGGCAAAGGCUCGUAACUUCCCUUCCUUCACUCAGGCCAAGAUGGAGGACACAAGGAUGGCGGAUCUGAAAGUGAAAGUGGGAUUCCCGUACCUCUACUGUCAUCAGGGAGACUGCGAACAUCUCGUCAUCAUCACAGACGUCCGACUUUCCCAUAGGAGCGACUGCCUCGACAGGAAACUGUUUCCGCUUCUCACGCACAAGCACAGGAUCGUCACCCAGAAGUGUGCCGUUUGCCACCUUUUCAUCGGCAGAUGGUUUACCACAGAUGACCAUUUUGCUCCCAGUGACCCGUGUCUCUUCUGUGACAAAUGCUUCCGGAUGCUGCACUAUGACGCUCAAGGCAACAAGCUGGGAGAUUUCUUGGCCUAUCCCUACGUGGACCGUGGUGCAUUUAACUGAACCAUUCAAAUCGCACUUUAUUGCUGUAUAAUACAGUUUAAUGUUCUUUAUUUUAGAAAGAAAUGUUUCAACACUUGUAUAUUUUCUUUAAAUACUUUCAUGCUUGAAAUAAACAGUAAUGUUUACUAAAAAAAUUA